CUGUAUUUUUCUGCUUAGUCAUCUUUAAUUUCGAGGUUUUGCGAUUUCUGAAAAUUUCUUGCUCUCGACAUCUAAAGUUUGAUUUUCAUAUUGCUUUCUGUAAUUGGUUUUAUUUGAUUUCAUACUAUUGUGGUUCUGUAGGUACUUCAUUCUACCCGUUGUUUAUAAUUUCUUAUACAAUUAUGAGAAAUAGGCUUGAGGUUUUUUGAAACUUAUACUUUAAGUGAAAUGCUACCUGAGGCUUUGCAUUUAUGAGUUCUGUUCUGUGGGGUUUGUUACUUUUUCUACCAUAAAAGGCGAACUGUAUCUGGUUAUGUCCCUGCUUGCAUUGAAGCCUGUAGUGACAAAGGUUUUCUUAUACGUGGAUCAUUGACAUGGCAUAUCUCGGCUAUCUAUCUGGUAAUGGAUCUCCUGGACUAAUCACUUCUGAGCCUUGUCAAAUGAUAACAAAUUGCUGUCUUUUUCUGGGCAGGAGAAUGCUACCCUGCUGGCACAGUUACAAGCCAGCGAGUGGGCCAAUGUGAGGGUGCACGGGGCAGCACGGUCUUUCUGCAUCUGCUGUGUCUAGGUAUUCUAGAACAGUUCCCCGGAAAUCCGUGGUGGUUUUUUGUAUGGCUUCAUCUGCUGCAGGAAGUUCUAAUCGUGAUGGUGAUGUUAACCCAUAUGAGGUUCUCGGUGUAAGCUCCAUAGAAGGAUUUGAUAUGAUUAAGGCAGCAUAUACACGAAAACGGAAGGAAGCUGUGAGAAGAGGUGAUGAAGCAACUGCUGUCCUUUUGGAGAAGGCAUAUGAUAAAGUCAUGAUGGCACAGCUGACAAAUCGGAAGAAGGGCCUAACAUUUGGUUCAUUUAAGGUCUCAAAGGACAUCAAAUAUGCUGAUAAACAACCAGUUGUACCGUGGGGCCCAAGGUUCACCAAGUCUGGUGUUCAGGACAUGCGCAUCAACAUGGCCAUAUCUGCUGUCUUUACAGCUUGGAUUCUAAUCAGACGCAAUGCUGAAUGGAAGCCUCUACAGUUCUUAGCAUUUGUGUUUGUGUAUCGAGUGUUUGAAAAGUUGAAGUCUUUUGAACCACCUGUGUCUUCUACAUUCACUGAAGAUGGUGAAGAUGAAGGAAGGGCAUUGCGAAUGGGAAAACGUCUACUUCGUUCUCUGGCACUAGUUUUUGGCUGUAUAGCUGUUUCCUCCUUGGGGUUCACUGGUGUCCUAAACUUAAUUGAGCUACUAGGUCAAUAUAUACCUGCUUCUCUUUAUAAUAACCAGGAACUAUUUGUGACAGGUGCAACUGCUGUCAUGCUCUACAUUAUAGCCUCUUACUACAGAUGAUAAUAAGCAACAUCAGUGGGUUCCUGGUAUUCUCUGUUCGAAUUUUGGCUGUCAAAUUUUGUAUAAUGAGGUAGUGGUAGUAUAUUAGAAUUAGAAAGAGAAG